UAUGCACAAGAUGCAUCUUCUCUGAUAUUUUUCAUGACGUAGACGGCAGCUGAAAGUCUAAAUAUUUACUAUUUGUGUUCGACAUAAUAUAUACAGUUCCGUUAUAAUUGUUGUUUACUUUUUGCUACUAUCAUUGUGAUCUACUUAAUUUGUAUCAUUUUUAGAAACAAAAUAUAUUAUUUAUUAACCUUUGACAUAGUCAGUCGUAAGCAAUUGUUUUCAUUUGUACUUUUCUUUGGUACAUCUAAAUUGCUACUCAUUAUUAUUAUAACACCUUGUGUUUUGUUGCCGCAUCAGCUUACAUAAUGAGAGAGCCAGAGCAUCUUCGUAAACUUUUUGUUGGUGGUUUAGAUUAUAAGACAACUGAUGAAAAUCUUAAAAAAUAUUUUGAACAAUGGGGUGAAAUAAUGGAUGUUGUUGUUAUGAAAGAUCAGCAAACCAAACGCUCUAGAGGAUUUGGUUUUAUAACUUAUGCUGCAGCUCAUAUGGUUGAUGAUGCACAAGCAGCACGGCCACAUAAAAUUGAUGGGAGAACAGUAGAACCUAAAAGAGCUGUACCUAAAUCUGAUAUUGGAAAACCUGAAGCUGGAGCUACUGUUAAGAAAUUAUUUGUUGGUCUAUUAAAUGAUAGUAUUACAGAAGAUGAUUUGAAAGAAUAUUUUGCUUCUUAUGGUAAUGUUACCUCAGCUGCUUUAGUUGUUCAUAAAGAAACUGGGAAAAAAAGAGGAUUUGGUUUUGUAGAAUUUGAUGAUUAUGAUCCAGUUGACAAAAUCUGUUUAAAAGGAUCUCAUAUUAUCAAAGGGAAAAAAAUUGAUGUGAAAAAAGCAUUAAGUAAAGAAGAAAUGGCAAAGGUAAAUGCUCGAAAUCAUAACUCGUCUGAUAAUUGGGCUGGAGAUAAUCGUAAUGCUUGGGAACCUACAAUGAGGCAUUUUGGCGUUAGAAGUCACCCUUCUAAUAGUAGUGGAGGAUCUUGGAGAGGAUCUAAUGAUCCUGAUCCUUGGGAGUCUGGUCCUAUGUCACAUUCUCGACAUUGGAGUGGUCCAUCAACUAGUGCAUGGGAUGAUAAUUUUGGCAGUAAUUAUCCACAAAGUUUUAGUAGUGGACCCAUUCGAAACAGUGGAACUUCUAGACCUGCACCUUAUAGUGGUAGUCUUGAUAGCAGAUCUAGUGAUUUUAAUAGAGGAUAUAGUAGCAGCAAUUUUGUUAGUGGUGGAGGUGGUAACAUUGAAAGUAGCCAUGCUAGAGGUUCUCCCCGAAGUAGGGUUGGCCCUGCUAGAGCUUUGAGACCCCCUGUAACUCAUGUUAGGGGUAGUAGAGGAACAAUUGGACGAGGAGGAAGAGGAAGAUACUGAAUAUAUAAGGUUAAAAAGUUUUAACUGCCACAAACAGUUGCAUAAAAAGCUUGGGUCAAGAGAAUUCAACCCACAGAAAUUUAAACUUAUGCUGGUUAUCAGGAAUAUUUACAUCUUUAAUUUAUUCCACGGUUUUUAUUUCCCUAUAGAAGAGAGUUCUUUUUAGGAUAAAGAUGUGUGUAAUUUUUUUUUCUUUCUCUUCAUAAAAAUAAGUACAAUUGAUUGCAGUAUUAUUCAAAAUGUUAAGACUUCCAAGAAUUACAUUAGAACUGUGUAAGUUAAGUUAAAAUAAAUAUUAUUGUCAAUCAAAGUUUAACACGCUAGAAAUUAAGACAUUUAAGACCUUUUUAUCUUACUUUUGUAAUUAAAAUAUUUUAAUAGAAUAAUUUAAUAAUUACACUAUAUAACUUUAAACAUUAGAUGUAAAGAUGACUCUAAGAAUAUACAAACGGUUUAAAAAUUUUAUAU